AUGGCUCCCGGACUCACUCAUGAUGGGGAUUAUCCCUCAACAAACGGCGCUACAAGCUCCAAACCCACUGUCUAUGUCAUCGAUCAAUUCAACAGAACGGCCAUUGAGCACGCCAAGACAAUUUUCAAUGUCAUCCUUCCUGAAGAUGAGGGUUUCUCAGAGUGGCGACAGAAGGCCACUGCUCUUCUGAUCCGAGGCUCAUUUUUGACUGCGAAAGACAUUGCCAGCUGUCCCAACCUUGUCGCCAUCGGCAAGCACGGAGUGGGUAUUGACAAAAUUGACCAAGCGGCUUGUGCAAAGCGCGGCAUCAAGAUCUGCAACACUCCUGGCGCCAACGCACGCGAUGUUGCGGAGCUAGUCCUCGCGCUAAGCAUGACCGUCGCUCGCGGUAUCCGCUCCAUCACUACUCGCCAAAUGACCAAGCCUGUUCCAAAGGAGACCUGCAAUGGUCUCACACUUUACAAGAAGACUCUCGGAAUUAUCGGCAUGGGAAAUAUUGGCCGAACUGUGGCGGAAAUUUUCCGUGGGGCCUUUGACGCCAAAGUUGUCGCUUUUGAUGUCUUCAUGCCCGAUAACGCGUGGCCUCACAUCCCACAUGACCGUGUACAAGACGUUGAAGAAGUCAUCCGAAGGGCUGAUGUUCUCUCUAUUCACGUUCCAUUGACCGACGAAACGCGGGACAUGAUCUCCUACAAGGAACUUCAAAUGAUGAAGCCCGAUGCCAUUCUCAUCAACGCCGCUCGAGGUGGAAUUGUGAAUGAGGCAGAUCUCACCAAAGCUCUUGCCGAGGGCCACCUUUGGGGUGCAGGCCUAGAUUGCCAUGAGCAAGAACCUCCUACAUUUGAAAAGUAUAGUGCGCUCUGGGAAAACUUAAACGUUGUGAGCACACCCCAUAUUGGAGCGGCUACAACUCGGGCACAGACUGCGAGUGCGAUGGCGGCAGUGAACAAUUUGUAUGAUUAUUUGAUGAGCAUUCGCAAUUAG